AACUCUGAGAAAUGUGGUGCUACUUCUAUCCACAGAAACGUUGGUUGGACGGUGAAGGCCGAACGCCGCAGAACUAUAAAGUCCACCCCUUUAAACCUCUUAAAACCCCCUUAGCGCACGAAGGUGCAAGAUCAAUUGCUCGCGCCAUCCAAUAUGGCUUGCAGGAUCGCUGCUCCAGACUCUGUCUUCCUCUUCGUGGGAGCCAAUCAGAGACCAAUCAAGACCCAGAAGUUUGCAGGUCAAUGCUCUACAGGCUUCAAUGGCUUUGCAUGGGACCCGCUACUCCGCCAGGGGACGAAGCAAAAUAAGUUUCUAGUUCACUCGAGAAAGUCUAGAACUGUACAAGCUGUGGCUGUUCCUGCUGUAUCAUCUGCAGCUGAUGGUGCGGAGUACAGGAAACAGUUGGCCGAAAGUUAUGGCUUCAGGCAAAUAGGAGAAGAUCUUCCGGACGAUGUUACACUGAAGCAGGUCAUUGAUACCCUCCCAAAAGAGGUGUUUGAGAUUGAUGAUGCAAAAGCAUGGAAAUCAGUGCUAACAUCAGCAGCUUCAUAUGCUUUGGGGCUCUUAAUGAUUUCAAAGGCUCCUUGGUUCCUGCUUCCCUUCGCUUGGGCAUGGACCGGGACUGCAGUUACUGGGUUCUUUGUCAUAGGUCAUGAUUGUGCUCACAAGUCAUUUUCGAAGAACAAAUUAGUUGAAGACAUUGUAGGAACUCUGGCCUUUCUGCCAUUAAUAUAUCCUUAUGAACCAUGGAGAUUCAAGCACGACAGGCAUCAUGCAAAGACAAACAUGUUGGUUGAAGAUACAGCUUGGCUACCUGUUGACAAAGAAGAGUUUGAUUCAUCCCCUCUCCUUCGGAAGGCAAUCAUAUACGGAUAUGGUCCGUUUAGGCCAUGGAUGUCUAUAGCUCAUUGGUGGCUCGCCCAUUUCUCUCUGAAGAAAUUCAGACCGAAUGAGGUCCAACGGGUGAAGAUAAGUUUAGCAUGUGUGUUUGCAUUCAUGGGGAUUGGAUGGCCCUUGAUUAUUUACAAAGCCGGGGUUGUGGGAUGGAUCAAAUACUGGCUAAUGCCAUGGUUGGGUUAUCACUUCUGGAUGAGCACUUUCACGAUGGUGCAUCAUACAGCCCCCCACAUUCCAUUCAAACCUUCCGAAGAGUGGAAUGCAGCGCAGGCUCAGCUUAAUGGAACCGUUCAUUGCGAUUACCCUCGCUGGAUCGAGAUCCUUUGCCAUAACAUCAACGUCCACAUCCCCCAUCACAUUUCAUCGCGAAUUCCAAGCUACAAUCUCCCUGCAGCUCACAGAUCCAUCCAAGAAAACUGGGGCAAGUACUUAAACGAAGCUACAUGGAACUGGCGGCUAAUGAGGACCAUAAUGACCGUGUGCCACGUGUACGAUAAGGAGCAAAACUACGUCCCAUUCGACCAGCUCGCCCCUGAAGACUCUCAGCCUGUAGCAUUUCUCAAAAGGGUCAUGCCUGAUUAUGCUUGAUAAUCUUAGCGUUCUUACCCCCUAUAUUCUGAGCCCAUUCUUCCUUCCAAGAGCUCAUGUUAUCUUUGAUGGUAAAUGAUGCUCUCUAUAUUCCAAUUCUUUGAAUGCUCUCCCAACUGAUUCGCACUCUUGCACCAUAAUAUUACCAAAAAUGCUUGAUUCUUUCUUAUACAUUAGCAGUAUUAUCCGAGUGUGAUGCUGUUAUACAGAUCAAAUCAUACAUAGAUGACCAAAUCGGUAUGGUUUUAUCACAAUAUUAU